AUGGGAAACACGCAGUCGAGACCGCCGCAGCGUUUGUCAAGGCCUCUAUCGUAUACAGCUCUAGCAGCGUCCUCGGCGUCUUCGUCUUCAGCGUCUCUGGCAGCAAAGGGGGAGGAGGAUGAGAGGCAGCAAGGUACAUCCCACUGGUCGACCGCGCAGCCUUGCCGGUGUCAAUGGUGCAUCGACUACGCAGUCCCUGACCCUUACCAGACUCCGUCCACGCCGCUGGAAGAGUUCCUCGAGUUCAGACGACAGUUCCUCAGUCGCAUGGGCGGGAAGGGCGGCGGUAACACUGCUGCUGCGUCUGCGUCUCCUGCAUCGCAUUCACUGCCGGCGGACGAAGACGAAGCUCGCUCGCCAGCUUCGACCAAGAUGGAUGGCUUUAAGCGCCGUUUCUCUCGGUCAAAAACCACCUUCCAGCGCCGUUUGUCGCUCGUAUCGAACGGGGAGAAGGAGAGCGCUGCCAUUGCUACCCUGAGCCCUCUGCAGCCUUCAGAGCCAGGCUCGCCGCCUGCUGCCACGGCCGUCGUUGGCCUGGGGCUCGUUGGCGACGAUGGGCCGCCGUCGCCCCAGAAUCCUCCGUCAGGACAGCCUCGUUUAGUCUCAGCCCGCCGACGGUCAUUUAACAGAUUCACCCUCUUCAACAAGUCGGCGGGACGGCAUGCCUCGCACCCGAGCGACUCGUUCUUCCACUAUAAGUCCAGCUCGGAGCCGCUGCGAAGAAGCUGGACUGACGCUGGUGCUGGUUCUACUGCUACCGCUCACCAUAGACCCCGGACCGCCUCGCCAGCUCGAGCUAUCAGCCCUUGCGAACAAGGCUAUACCCACCUCGGGACCCUCAAGUUUGGCUCCCUUCAUGUCGUAAACGGCUGUGCCUCGCCAGCUCCAAGCAGCAAGAGACAGAGGUCCUGUCCGGACCUGGUAUCCAUGGCUCAGUCUGAAACAGAGACCAUCACCAACCCUGAAGACCGCCCUGCUCCUGAUACAGCUGGCGUUAGCAGCCCGGAAUCAGCCCUCUCAGGCCUCUCACCCGCCAUCGAUCCAGCCAACGCCCGUCCAUGUUGCCUAUUCAAGAGAAGCGAACACGAGAACGUCUUCGAAGAUGAAGGGAUGGAGAUACCCGUCUACUGGGACGACACCGUCCAGUCCCACGAGAGCUUUCACGACCCUCAGUUCCAUUCUUCCCUAAGCAGGGAACGGCAGGAGGCGAAGAAGGACAGGCAGGCUUCCAGCAAGCGCUCUGGCGCCCUGAACAAGACCGACAGCGGCUACAGCUCUGCCUCGGGGAAAUCCACCUCGAGGCACCUCCAUGGCUCAUCGCGAAGGAGGAGCUCGAGAGACAGAAACUGCCGCGUGUUCGACGGAGGCUCAUCCCAGGCUUUGAUCCACUGUAACGGAAGUAUCAACGACCCGGUCGAAGGUACCAUCUCAAUAACCUCCCAUGGAAACAAGGAGGUUAUAAACGCAGUCUUUCCCUGGCCUCCAGCCCAUCUCAGGUACCCGGUUGAGCGGUAUACAAGCCAAGCUCAACCGCCCAAACAGCAGCCACAGGAGACCCAUUCCGAGCCCAAUGCGGAUGCCUUGUCGGAGUAUAACCUAGACCCAACGUAUCCCGUUAGAGUCAGAUAUGAGCCUUCUCGCCCGCCCCCGAUACCACCCCGGUUCCGCCAGGCCAAAACGGUAUCUCGCCGCACUGGGCGGUCGGAUAGUCAGCAUACCCAGUACAAGCCCCCCUCCCCUAAAGGCCUUGCUAUCGAUAUUCCAAGGGAACCCUCUCCUAAACGCCAUAAUACUCCUACCAGGGCCCAUGCUAAAGGCCAUUCUUCCGGGGGCCACUCUAGCAAAGAACGAACAACCAGGUCCCAUACUCUCCACAGCCAUCCGGUCAAGAAGCACCAGGCAAAUCGUAGCAAUACAACCAAAACAAUAAGUAAAAGGCACCGAGACUCGACUCCCGCACGUAUGACGGGGGGGAAGCCACCCUCUGCCUCCCAGCUUCACGCCAGAUCGGCUUCAGACGCCACCUCCUCCCGGCCCUCAAGGAAUAUCGACAAGGACAAACCUCUCCCAGCGCUCCCACAGCCACGAGAUUUCCAAUUUCCAACCGCGCAAAUGCUCACACCGCCGCUCUCCCGCUCGACCUCUAUGGGAGACCUGAAACUGAUGACCAACUCCAGCUCGGCCGACCUGAUAAACUACAUCGACAACCACACUCCCGUGGAAAUAGACAGCAACCUGUGGGGCUCUCUAUCCGCCGACCCAGAUAUAGAUCUUGAGCUGCUCCCGCUGAACCUAGACCUUAACAAAUCCGCCUUCCACGACUAUCAGCCUAGAAAGUCCCUUCAGGAGUCGAUAAACCAGCCGACCAGGCAGCCCAGCAAGCUACACAGAAGCGCAUCUCACUUCAGCUUCACUUCCAGCGUCAACGAAAAGCCCAGUUAUCGAUACUCUACGCCGGUCCGCGAUGUCUUCUCCGAUCGUAAAUUUCGAAAAGCGAAACAUCACUCCGGCCCACCCCCAACAUCAUAUCGCAUGCCCCCGCCCAAAACAACCGUGACUGAAGACCGUUCGAAUCGGUUGGCAAGGGGCUCAUCUUCAUCCUGCGCUGCUCAGGCACAGACACCCGGUGCAUUAAACCAUAUCGAAAGCUAUAUUUGA